AUGAGUUUUGUUGAUCUAAGCUCAAAUGCUUUCCAAGGACCACUCUUCAUCCCAUCCUCUAAGCAUCUCCAAUAUUUUUCGGGUUCUAAGAAUAACUUCACUGGAGAGAUUCCUCAAUCAAUAUGUGGACUAAACUCUCUAGAGGGCCUAGAUCUAUCAAACAACAACCUCCAUGGUUCAAUUCCCUGGUGUUUAGAGACUCUGGUGAUGACUUCUCUUGCAUAUCUAAAUCUCCGUAGCAACAGACUUAGCGGAAUUCUUCCUGAAAUAUUUCAUCACGCCAAGAGGUUAACUUCACUUGACGUCAGUCACAACCGAUUAGAGGGAAAAAUACCAGCUUCUCUUGUUGGUUGCUCUGCUUUGGAAGUUUUGAACGUGGGAAGCAACACAAUCAAAGACAUGUUUCCCUUCCACUUGAAUUCUCUGCAGAAACUUCAAGUCCUUGUCCUCCACUCUAACAGGUUUCAUGGUACAUUACGUAAUGCUGAUGGGGUUUGGUUUGGAUUUCCUCAUCUGAAAAUCAUUGAUGUAUCACACAAUGACUUCUCCGGUACAUUGCCAUCAGAUUACUUUUUGAAUUGGACUGCGAUGUACUCCAAGAGAGAUAAUAAUAUGGAACCUGAGUACAUUAGGAAUCCUUCAGAAGAUGGCUACUACUCACUUGUGUUGAUGAAUAAAGGAGUGUCAAUGGAGAUGGAACGUAUCCUUACAACCUACACAGCCAUUGAUUUUUCAGGAAAUCAACUCCAUGGACCAAUUCCUGAUUCCAUUGGUCUGUUGAAGGAACUUCAUAUUCUCAACAUGUCAAGCAAUGCUUUCACGGGGCACAUCCCAUCUACUUUGACAAAUUUGACGAAUCUGGAGUCACUCGACCUAUCCCAAAACAAGAUUUCUGGUGAGAUUCCUCCUGAACUUGGGACCCUCUCAUCUCUGGAAGUGAUAGAUGUUUCACAUAACCAGCUUGUAGGUUCCAUACCACAAGGCACGCAGUUUCAACGACAAAAAUGCUCCUCCUAUGAAGGAAACCUGGGGCUUAAUGCUCUUUCCCUUAAGGAUGUUUGUGGAGAUAUCAAAGCACCGACACCAGCACAAUCGAAACUGGUGGAGACAAAAGAAGAAGAAGAAUCAUUGAGUUGGAUGGCAGCAUGUUUAGGCUUUGCACCUGGAGUUGUAUUUGGAUUAGUGAUGGGACACAUAGUGGUUUCGUACAAGCAUGAGUGGUUCAUGAAGGUUUUUGGCCGAAGCAAGCAACGAAGAGCUCAUUAA